ACGCGCACGGUGGAGCUGCGUGGGAGGAAUGAGGCGACUUCGAGAGGCGACAUCCUCCGUGGGACGCACGGCACGGGAACACCGCGUGCGCACGAGAGCGGAGCCGUCCGCGUGCACGCGCGCGUGAAGAGAAGCGCUCUUCUCCCUCGCUCUCUCGCUCGCCUCGCCUCCCUCUCUCUCUCUCGCCCCCCUCUCGCUCGCUCGCUCUCAGUCUUCGAGAAUCCCCCGAGAGCCGGACGCGGCCGUGCGACUUGGCACUGAAUGCGGCAACGCGACCAUCCCUCCCUGCAGCCGCUGAUGCCGCCGCUGAUGCCGCUGCCGUUGCGCGCGAUGCGGAUGACGGCUCUGAGCCUCGCUUGCUGCUUCCUAGCGCAGGUAGCGACUGCGCUCGAAGCUGCGAGCUCACAAGUAUGGCGCCCCCCAUUGCUCGUGUACGCGCUGGGGGGCUCCGUGUACGCGGUGAACGCCGACGGCACGGGGCAGCGCAGCCUGGCAGCCCCCGCGUGCCCCAGCCUGCUGCUCGCCUCGCACCCGGCCGGGGAGCGACUCUACUGGGCCUGUGCCGGCUCGCACGCCGUACAGGCGGUGCGCGUGGAUGGGACGCAACAUCAGAAUGUUGUGCUGGUGAACGGAGCCAUUGCUGGGCUGGCUCUUGACUGGGUCACGAAUAAAAUCCUCUGGAGCGACAGAGACAAGGGGACAAUUGAAGAACAUGACCUGGGCAGUGGCGUCAGGAGGAGGCUCGUGGAGAAAGCCACUCUACCCACCAUCCUGGCACUCGACCCCAUAAACAAGCGCUUGUUCUGGGUGUCGGACAGCGCCGCCGCCCCCGGGAUUUGGCGAAGCAGCCUGGAGGGCUCGUCGCCGUCGCGGGUCCAGCGUCUCGCCACGAGGGCCACGGCCCUCGCCGUCGACCCAGGCCCUCGGCGCUUCUUCUGGGCCGAGGCCACGGGGGGGCCGCGAGCGCACGGCUUCAUCCGCUCGGCGCAGUACGACGGCAGGAACGGGAAAUCCUUCAGGCUGCCCACGGGCUCCCAGCCGGCGGGGUUGGCCGUGUGGGCCCGGGACAUCUACUUCGCGGACGGGGCCACGUCCACCAUCGUCCGCCUGGACAGGAGGACUGGCGGACACACAGUGUCCGUGGUGCCCGGCCCGCCCUCCCUCCGCCUCGGGGCCAUCAGCCUCGUGCCGCAGGACCCGCGCUCCCAGGCGACAGACCCAGAACUGCAGCCGUUCCUCUUGUUCUCCAACGGCGUGCGAAUGAUGAGGAUCAACUUUGACGGCUCGGGGUUCCGGAGCAUCAGGGAGGGCCUGAGCGUGGGGCAGGUGGCGGCUCUGGACUACGAUCCCGUUGAGCGCAAGGUGUACUUCGUGAGCUCUGCCACGCGGAGCAUUGAGAGGAUGGACAUCGACGGCAGUGCGAAGGAAGUGCUCGUGGCCUCCAACCCAAGCCUGCCGCUAGGCCUCGCCGUCGACUGGCUGCACAGGAAGAUGUACUGGACCCUUCCCAGGGUUUUCCGAAUCGAAAUGAGCAACCUGGACGGCUCGGAGAGAAGGAUAUUUUUUUCGCAGGCCGGCGCGCGGCCCCGCGCUAUAGUCGUGCACCCCACGGUUCGGCGUGUUUUCUGGACGGAGGUGGGAGCCCGCCCGCGCGUGGCGAGCGCGGCGCUGGACGGCGACGCGGUGCGGGAGGUUGCGCGCGGCUUGCUGGCGGUGCCCGCCGGGUUGGCCGUCGACCGCUGCUCGUCGAGGCUCUUCUGGAGCGACCCGCGGCGUCGCGUCAUCGAGGUGGCCGCGCUGGACGGGACGGCGCGCCGCACGCUCGCGCAGACCGGCGCCGAGGCCGUGGACCAGCUGGCGGUCUACAGGGACAGCGUGUGGUUCACGACGCUGGCGCGGCGCACCGUCGUGCGACUCGACAAGCGCUCGGGCCGCCGCCUCGUGCACAUGCAGGGGGACUCCAUGCGGCCGUCGGCGAUCGUCGCGGUGCCGCCCGUCCCCAAGUCCGGGACGGUCAAGCGCUUCCUGGAGCUCUCCGGCGCGCAGACGGCCUGCGGCGGCCACGUCGGCGGCUCUCCUCCAGCGGCCAACGGAUCGGCGCCGUCGCCGUCAACCCGCGCAGCCACCAACACCACGACCGUGUCCGACCGGGGCGGCGAGGCCUCGGUGUUCCCGCCGUCCCCCGUGCGAACGGAACCCGGCGCGGAGAACAACGGAACGGAGAACAACGGAACGGAGGUCGGCGAGGGGAGGGGUCUGGUGACCUCCGGCUGCAGGGCCUGCGUCCCUGACACCGCCAGGCGGGGUGGGUCCGACGGCUGGAACCGGACGGCGGAGCCCGGCUGCCGGGACUGCGGGAGUAAACCCCGGAGCCACUUCACCGACUGCCCUGAGCACCUUCGCCACUUCUGCCUCAACGGCGGCGACUGCUUACUCGUCGUGCAGCUCAACAAGCCCAUGUGCAAGUGCGUGGCGGGGUUUGGGGGCGAGCGGUGCUCCUCCUUCAACAUCGAGAGCUACGACGCGCAGGGCGCCGGCGAUCGCCAGUGGCUGGCCACGUCCCUGGCCGCCGUCGGACUCGCGCUCCUGGUGGCCGCCGUCGCGGCCUGCGUCCUCUGCAUCUGCAGGAAAUGGAGGGAGAGGACGGGACACUUAGCCCUGUGGAAUAUUAAACAGCUUCUCGGGAAGGCAGAUGGCAAGCCUGCCACAACCGAUACAACGCCCUCUCCGGCAGCAGCAGCCGCCGCCGAAUUGAGUUUGAAAGGCGCCGAAGUGAUUUGCAGUUGACGAGAAAAAGAGUGUGGGCCAUUGUUGAUCUACCGCGAGCCAAACCGAAUUUCUACUGAUUUUACAGUCGAUUAAAAGUCACCGGUGGAGUCUUGAUCAUGAAUAAUGAAGGAACCGGAUGCUGGGAUUGUUCUGCAAACAAUGAGCUGUUACACAGAGACAACUGGACGCUGGAAAUCUUGUACUCUCCACGAAUUAUUGUACUUUCCGCGAUGGGAUUGUACAGACUCACGCUGGGCGCGCAGUAGAACACCAACGCUAUAACGGAAGCAUCCAAGAGAAGAUGGACAUUUCAAGUGUAACCUCAACUAACCUAUGUUUUGUUUACCAGGUAAGGCCCACUGAGCUAUGUAGCUCUUUUUCAGAAGCGACCUGACCGCUAAUGAUGGCUCAACGAAGUGGCUUAUCAUCAAGUGGACAUUUAUCGCAGCCAAAUACUCUAAAAUGUGGAGGGGGAAAAACCGGAGGACCGGGAGAGAAAUGCACGUGACUACGAAGAGAGAGAGAGAGAGAGAGACACGCAAACUCCAAAUAUCUCCAGCAGGCGUCAUGAUCGGGAUGAAACCCACGAGCUCCUCCACACCAGGACAGGUAGUUCGCAUCUUGGCUCUGCAGUGCCGCUGCCACUAGAACGGGGUGGUACGUUCCCAAGCCUACCAAACCCACACGUGGCUCCUCGUGGCGGUAGGCAAGGAGGCAUCGUGGGUGAUGUUGGGAUCAGUUCGUUUUUCCCACCGGGUGUCAUUUUCCCACGUUGUGGCCAGGAUUGUUUUUUUUUAUCAUAUUUAAAAUAUUAAACUUUUACCUCGUGGAUGUGACAAUGCAAUGCUUGCGGAAGUCAGACAACCCGUAAAAUCAUUAUCGGUGAGACGACGGCGACGUCCGGGAGAAUAAAACACUUUGCGCGGCUGGUGUUCUACGCAAAUGCACUUCGUGGGUACUUGUACACUCGUAAGCAAGUUGUACUUUUGAGUUUCGGCGUCAUUUUUAGCGCUGGGGAAAAUUCUAACGCUACGUGUUUAUAGAAUGUUUUUCUUUUUAAAAGAAAAACCCAACCGUGUUCAUAGCAACUUAAAGCUGAUACAGGCUACGGUGUACGGUGACACAACAGGCUGGCUUCUGUUGAUGUUGAUGAUGUACAAAUGAAUGAAUGGAGCGCAGUGCAACGCUGCGUCUGGGAACCAUGGCAGCUGUUGUCGUGCACUGAGCGUUCCACCGAAACCAAACAGCGCGAGUCUCUAGACACCCGAUCGCCCCCCCCCCCUCGCAGCUGCAACACACACACACACGCGUAAAGAGGUCAAGAAUUACUACUGAACAAUGUCAAAACAAAUAUAACAGAAUGCUGUUAUGUGUCUCCACCGAACAAGCAAGGUCGUCGUUUAGCCAACGGUCUUUUCGGGAAUCCCAGACCAACGCUAUCCAGCAGAAACAGCAGCAUAAUUUUCUUAUACAAGCAACCCCCUGUCGUGUUUGCAAACUAUGAGUAUUGUUCAAAGCAAGCAAACUGGCGUUUGAAAAAAUCACACGAAUGCCGUUGCUGGAUUCAUAUCGGUCUGGAAAGUCGACAGGCCGAUGGACUGCGUUGUUUCUGAGUGGAUGCACAGAAUGGUUCGCGUGUUUAUAUUUGCGUGUUUUGCUAGGGUUGUUGUUAAGUAGUGGUCACAUAAACAAGAAUGGUAUCUAUAUAAAAAAACACCCGGUCACCGGCUUGCCACGCGUUGAGAAUUGUCGCAGUGGCGUAGAAGCUACAUUCUCAGCUCACUGGGGUGCAGCGAAUUGGUCAAAUGGGGCCUCAAUCCUUUGAGUUGUCUCAUGUUGGUCAUCAAGGGGGGCUCCAACUCGUAGCUUUGGGGGGCAAGGCAGCCCCCCCCCUACCUUGCCCCCACGCUCGUUCCGCUACUGGAUGAAUGUGCACGUCAGUCGACGCGUUGUGAUCCUGGUAAGGGGACCGCUACUCGUCAUUGUUCCGUGAGCGCCAGCGCAAGACGCGUGCAGGGCAGGCGAUGGCACGGCAGGAAUGCCUCUCCGAGUUGAUUCCCAGACUGUCUCUUCCCCCCUAAGCACAGAAGCCCUCGUCCCCACCCCUCUCACCUCCUUUUCCGCCAAUCUGUAUCUUUUUGCGUAUUUCCCCACCAAAUCCCAGUCCCCUCUUUCGUAUGCAUGCGCGUAUGUACGUUGCACUUCUUUCGCGCCGUACGUAGUCAACCGCGCUAAUCGGAGGUGCGGCGGGGUAGGGGGGGGAUAACAACGUAAACACAAAAAAUAAGUUCUAAAGAAAUGAGUUUUCAAUCUACAUGAUGACUAAAAAGUGCAUAACCAACCCCCCCCCCCCCCCCCGUGGCUUCCUAAUAUCGGAAGGAAGAGCGUUCCAAACGCUCCGCAGAAGCGCAUCUGAAAGCGCGCGAUGCCAGUGGCCGUUUUUGUUCGACGUUUCGCCAAAAGCCGCCGCCCCUGCCGCUGCUGCGGGUGUAUUGAGGUGUAACCGCAAUCAAUCGGCAGGAAGCGUGCGGCGAGGGUAAAACGUGGCUACGCUCACCUCUCCCAAUAUCCCUUCAGCCAGGAAGGGUAGUCCAAAUGCCCGUGCCCUCUUAGAGCUUCCUCCGGUGGAGAGCCUUCCACCAGCGGUGGGCGUGAGCAGGCUAUUUCAGGGCUGCACCUUGUAAUCGUUUAACCGAGAAGCGAGAGGGCCACGUGGUAAUUCAGGCCUAGCCGCCGGGCCCUAUAAAAGGUGGCCACCGGGUUUGAACGACUCGACUGCAAUUGAUUGUUGAUGCCUGAGUUUUUCGGAAACGGUAAAUCGAUGCUGAAAACGAUGACCACUUUAGCGAUUGUCAUUCAACAACCAUAGUUAUCACCCACAACAUGUGCCACGACUACGCUUAAUGUUAAACCGUCAAUUCGUUUCCCUUGUUUGCUCACCUAAAGGGUUAAAAUGCGAUAGUGGCAUCGAUAAUUUGUCGCUGAGAUGAUUCGCAUGUGAAGGUUGUUGUUGUGUUUACCAAAUGUCCUUUCGGGUCGAGUGAUGGCACAGGUGUAAGCACAAUGCACUGUGAACCUGGUGACCUGAGUUCGAUUGCUUGGCGAGUGAUAUCAGAGCCAUUCCUGGGCCCCUUCACCAACGCGCACUGACCAGCGUGGUGAAGUAUGGCCAUACAACCCCCAUGACCAACAGGGGGUAGGGGGAAGGGCCUUCAUCCAGCAGUAGACGUAUACGGCUGUAAAUUAUUCUUGUUAUUGUGAUUACAGUCUUUUCACUGGAAUAAAAAAAUAAAGUAUUUUUUACUAAAAACGUACAA